AUGGAAAAAGGCGCCACCUUCUCUACCAAUGAACCGUCCGUCCCCCAAUUGGACGCCCAAGUCGUCGAAGUCCUUCACGCGGAGGCCACGCCAAAAGAAGAGAAGUUAAUUUUGCGGAAAAUCGACUUGCACAUAAUACCGGUUAUGGCUGUAUGCUACAUGCUUCAAUACAUGGACAAGGUGACUUUGGGUUACGCCACCCAGCUAAAUUUAAGAGCAGAUCUUAACCUCCAAGGCAGCGAAUACAGCUGGUGCUCCUCCGUCUUCUACUUCGGGUAUCUCUUCUGGAGCUGGCCGAGCAGUUACAUCUCCGUUCGCUUCCCGCUGGGCAAGUACCUGGGGGCCUCCGUGGCCCUCUGGGGCGUGGUGCUGACCACCCACGCCGCCUGCACCAACUUCGGCGGCCUGUUAACCGCCCGCUUCUUCCUGGGAGUCACCGAGGCGGCGGUGGCGCCGGGCUUUUCGCUCAUCACGGGGAUGUUCUACAAGACCUCAGAGCAGCCGUCACGAAUGACAUUGUGGUUCCUCGGCAACGCUGUCGCCAAUGUCGUGUCCGGCCUCAUCGCGUACGGGAUCGGCCGGAUUGACUCGCAUAUCGCCUCGUGGAAGUUACUCUUCCUCAUUCUCGGCGUGAUUACCGUCGCUUAUGGCAUUUUUCUGGGGUUCGUUCUCCCCGAUUCGCCCUCGAAAGCCUGGUUCUUGACCGCCGCUGAGAAGAAGAUCGCGCUGCACCGGACCUUGGAGAACCGGACGGGCGUGAUGGAUGAAGGGGACUUCAAGGUCUCCCAGAUGCUGGAUGCACUCACGGAUCCCCAGGCCUGGUUGCUGGUUGGUUAUAGUGUCACUCAGAAUAUCCCGAAUGGAGGGUUUAGUUCGUGCAUAUGCAAAACCGACACCGCUGACCCCAAGUUCAAACAAAAGUUCAGCAGCAUAAUCAUCAAUGGCUUCGGGUUUAGUGAACUCAACUCCCUCCUCCUCUCUGCACCCAGCGGCCUCCUCCAGAUCCUCGCCAUCGGCGGCAUCUGCCUCACUGCUGCCUACAUCCCCAAAAGCCGGAUCCUCACGAUGAUCGUAGUCAUUGUGUUCGCGCUCGUAGGCGUGAUCUUGAUGAACACGCUACCCGAUUCUAACCGCUGGGGCCGCUGGGUGGGGAUUUUCCUGCUGGGCCCCUUUGCCACCAGUAUCCCCAUUUCUUUGAGUCUGAUCACGUCGAAUGUCGGGGGUUUUACGAAGAAGGCGACCGUCUCGGCGAUGCUGUUUCUCGCGUAUUGUACUGGCAAUAUCAUUGGGCCCCAGUUGUUCUUUGCUGAUGAGGCUCCAAAGUAUCCUACCGGACUGAGAGGAGUUCUAGUUGGAUUCGCUCUAGCGAUCUUCUUCCUCAUCCUCUUAUACAUCUACUACGAGUACGAGAAUCGACGACGCGACAGGAAAUACGCCCCCCCUGAUCAGGCAACCACGGAAGAUUACGUGACGGAGGACUUCCUGAGUCGCACCGACAGACAAAUUCCGUCUUUCAGUUUCAUAUUACCAGCGUACAGAAUUCCUGAAUCAUUCAAUGUUCCCGUCUUCGAGAUAGGAUGGCUGCUAAUGAAAUCAAUACGAGCCGGAAUUGGCACCGAUAUCACGCCUAGCUCGCUAGCUACCUCAUCCUUGUGUCGCGAACGACCGUGGACAAACAAGACGCUGGACUCGGCACUGAGGGGCUCCUUCAAGCAGCACCUUAUCGGCGGAUCCCGAUUUCUCAUGAAACACUUUGAAGUCGAAUCGGAUGUUUACAUCUUCGAUUUUUCCCGUGGAGCAUACACCGCGACUUUACUCAACGAUAUGAUCGAUUAUGCUGGCAUGAUCGGCUCCGACAGCGAAGAGCUCAUUCCUUUUAUCUAG